CCCUCCCUUGCUCUCCCUGCUUCCCUCCCUCCUCCACCCGCCCCUCGGGCAGGGACUGUGCAAAUCGAGGAGAGGGGAGGACCAACAGGCUACAUAGGGUCCAGCUAAGAGGCCACGAUUCCUCCCUGAGACCCUAGCCAAGCUAGGUGUUUCCCGCAUCAUGGAACCUGGAUUUGUGUGAAGCGGGGUGAUUCCCGGGCCAGGAAGGUCCUUCCGGCAGGUCCACCAUACCUUCAUCUCGCAUCAGGACCCCUCUUGGAUGCUCUGAGCCACCCUUCUCAACCCGGAUCUAAAACCUGGGACACGGCUAUCAGGCCAGCCUCUCUCUCCCUCCACCCCUCCCCCUCUUUCUGGCGUCCAUCCCCUCCCCAACACCACCUCUGCUGCUGCCUCUGGCUGUGGACCUGCACCUCUUCUCCAUCCUCGCCAGGCCCGGAGAGUGGGGUUAGCCUGGAUGAGAGUGUGCCCCUAACCUGGGGCCCUCCCAGGCCAUGGCUCGUGUGCUCCCAGGGAGGAGUCCAGGACCCUGAGCAUCUGCUAGAAGCUUGGCAGAGGCCCCGCUGGGACCGUGUCUUCUGAGGACAAAAGGCUGCGGCCAGCAGGCAGACUGGGUGGGGGGUUGGGGGGGAACCGGCAGCCAGGCAGGCAGACCAGUAGGGAAGCCAGCCCUGGCCCCCUCCCAGACUGGCGGUAGCAUGAAGAUGGGGGUGGGAGUGUGUAGCGGGAGAAGCACCUGCCAGGACCCCCACCUGCCCGCUACUUGGGCACCCCAAAGCUGUGUGCUGUCCACCUGGUGUUCCCCAACAUCUCCAGCUCUACCAAGUGCACCCCUCUGGCACCUGCUUCCCCUGCUGCCAGCGAUUUAGACCAACCAGGCUGUAUCCACGGCAACAGAAGCAGGAGUGUCACUGGCUGCCAGAUCACUGAGGGUCCCACAAUGUGGACUGGACUGUGGUGUAUCCUGGUUGAGAUCGAGUGAUUCCCCCUUCCUGAAUUCCAAGACAGUCCUGCUAAGAGAACCCAGUCUCUACCCACAGGUCACAUACUUUUGCUCACUCACCCUGGAAGAUGUGUCCCAACUAGUGGGAGGAAGCGGCUAUAGGAAUAGAGGAAGGUGUAGCUCAGCAAGACAACUGAUGGAGUCCCCCGGGGCCCAUCAAAUACUGGACUGGCCGACCCCCUAGGGUUGGGGGUAGCCCUUGCCCCUCAGUAUGGCCAACACCACCGGAGAGCCUGAGGAGGUGAGCGGCGCACUGUCCCUGCCAUCAGCAUCGGCUUAUGUGAAGCUGGUGCUGCUGGGACUGAUCAUGUGUGUAAGCCUGGCAGGCAAUGCCAUCUUGUCCCUGCUGGUGCUCAAGGAGCGUGCCCUGCACAAGGCUCCUUACUACUUUCUGCUGGACCUGUGCCUAGCUGAUGGCAUACGCUCUGCCAUCUGCUUCCCCUUUGUACUGGCUUCUGUGCGCCAUGGCUCCUCAUGGACCUUCAGUGCACUCAGCUGUAAGAUUGUGGCCUUUAUGGCUGUGCUCUUUUGCUUCCAUGCGGCCUUCAUGCUGUUCUGCAUCAGCGUCACCCGCUACAUGGCCAUCGCCCACCACCGCUUCUAUGCCAAGCGCAUGACACUCUGGACAUGCGCAGCUGUCAUCUGCAUGGCCUGGACCUUGUCUGUGGCCAUGGCUUUCCCACCUGUCUUUGAUGUGGGCACCUACAAGUUUAUCCGAGAGGAAGACCAGUGCAUCUUUGAGCAUCGCUACUUCAAAGCAAAUGACACACUGGGCUUUAUGCUUAUGUUGGCUGUGCUCAUGGCAGCCACACAUGCUGUCUAUGGCAAGCUGCUACUCUUCGAGUAUCGUCACCGCAAGAUGAAGCCAGUGCAGAUGGUGCCAGCCAUCAGCCAAAACUGGACAUUCCAUGGCCCUGGGGCUACCGGCCAGGCUGCUGCCAACUGGAUCGCUGGCUUUGGCCGUGGGCCCAUGCCACCAACUCUGCUGGGUAUCCGGCAGAAUGGGCAUGCAGCUAGCCGGCGGCUACUGGGCAUGGACGAGGUCAAGGGUGAAAAGCAGCUGGGCCGAAUGUUCUACGCGAUUACACUGCUCUUCCUGCUCCUCUGGUCACCAUACAUCGUGGCCUGCUACUGGCGAGUGUUUGUGAAAGCCUGCGCUGUGCCCCACCGCUACCUGGCCACUGCUGUUUGGAUGAGCUUCGCCCAGGCUGCUGUCAACCCAAUCGUCUGCUUCCUGCUUAACAAGGACCUCAAGAAGUGCCUGAGGACUCAUGCCCCUUGCUGGGGCACAGGAGGUGCCCCAGCUCCCAGGGAACCCUACUGUGUCAUGUGAAGCAAGCCAGUAGGUGAUAGGCUGGGGGAAAGUCGUGAUCACCAUAUUGGGGCCAACAGCAGGGGAAGAGAGGGACCCAUACAGAAGCCUUCCUUUUUGAGCUGCAGCCCAGGCUCUCAAACCAUCCCUAGCUGAGGCAUUUCGCCAACACCUCCCUCGGGCUGGAAACUGGCUGAGGAACUGGAGGCAUUUCUAGUUUUGUGGGGCUUGUCCUGCAGCCUCCUCCACUUCUCCAAUCUCCUUUUCCCGUGCCCUCCCUGCCUCUCUAUCCCACUCCCCUGUCCUGUCUUUCUAAAGUGACGAGUCAGUAAAAGAAAACGAACUGAAAAUGCAGGGGUUUUAAUAAUAACAGCUGAGGAAACAGGCUUUCUUACUUAAAUGUACCCCCCCCCCGCCCCUUUGACAUUGUCAGGAAAUGGGAAAUUUCUCCUGUAAAAUAGAUUUCCAGAGAUCUUACUGCCCCCUGGGCUCCCAUUCACCCUCCCCUUCUAAGUCCCUUAGCAAGACCUGGAUGUUUAGGAAAUAUUGACUUAAGGCUUCACACAAGAGGGACCAAAUGGGGUGCUGCCCUCCUGGGGAGCAAGGAUGUUUAAAUUGCUAUGUUGUGUGCAAUGUUGUUUCUGGCUAACCUUGAUCCCAAGCCUAGUCUCCUAUCCCUCCCUACCAUAUCCAGACUUUUGCAGGUGUUUCUUGAGGCUCUGUUUGAGAAGCCGAGAGCAUACAGGGAAGGGUCUCCAUGAUGUGCCCAGGCUAGAUGAAGAGCCAAGCAGUAGAUGAGCUCCUCAAGCAAAAUAGACCAAACUUAGCUACAUUCUCUCAAACUUUCCCUUGGGUCCCCUACCCUUUCUCCCUAGAAAUACACAUGCACUUGCAGGGAUGAUGUGGGUAUAAGCUGAGAGGGGAAGUCAUCCGUGGAAGUAUAGGGAGAUGGUUGAACUCCUCAGAGUGGCUGGACUCCAGAGCCUGGGGUGAGAGCUAAUUCAACCCCACAGUUGUUUCUUGGGUUCACACUAUUCUGAAACUGAAAAUUCUUUGGGGGCCUUGGUAAUCAAUAGUGCUACAAACGUCAAGGCCCCGUGGACUUGAGUCCAUCCCUUCCUGGAACCUCUUUUUUGUCCCUCCUUAGUUGCUCUUCUGGGCCCAAAUAUCCUUCCUCGCAGUCCUUCCUACCUCCACCUUUACUUACACGCAAAGUGGAGCAGACUACACCCGAAUUCCACAGGUGGAAGGUCCCAAGCCUCUUUCCCACAGACAGAGGCCACUCUGGGCUUACUUCAAGGCCAGUUCUAUAGACUGGUGAGCCAAGCUGGAACUCUUUGCCUAAGUUUGGGACUGUGAUCUCUCCAUCCCCUUUCUUUCCUUAUACACUCCUGUCCUAAACUCCACCUCUACCCCAAGACAGCCCCUGAACUGAGGAAGCCUUGACCCAAAAGCAAUGAAGGGGGUGCUCUAGACAGAAGAGAUAUUGAUGAUGCUGGUUGUGGAGUUGCCGUGGAAAAGCAGACCAGAGUAGCUGAGAGGCUGGGAAUGUGGGGGGCUGGGCUAUUCUCUCAGUGAUGAUGAUAGGAAAGCCUUUCUGAAGGCUGGGGUGGAAAGACCAAGGUGGGAGGGCAAAUAGGGUAGACUCAGGAGGGGUUUCCUCCAUUCCCUUUUUCUAACUGCCUGGAUUCAUCAUUGGAUUUUGUAAAUGGAAAAACUGAAAUGAACAAUGUUAUAUUGGGUGUUCUCUCUCUCUCUCUCUCUCUCUCUCUCUCUCUCUCUCUCUCUCUCGUGUUUUUCUCUGUCUGUGUCCUAUCUGUGUAUGAUCACACGUUGGGAGGUAUGACUGAGUGAGACUGUGUGUGUCUGUGUGACUUUGUGUGGAUAGGAAACCCUGAGGAAAGCUUGCCUGGUACACAUAUGUAAGCAAAUACCUAUGUGAGGGAAUAGAGUAUACACACACACACACACACACACACACACACACACACACACACACGGGGAGAGGAGACACACAAAGAAGGAGAGGAGACAAAACUUAGUAUGUGCCUGCAGCAGGAAAUAGCGUGCUUAGGAGAUGGAACCUGAAAUUUUUUAUGUAUGUAUGUGUCAAGAGGAUCAACUUCCAUCUCAUGAGAUUGUCUUCCCUUGGCCCAGCUUCUGAGCACCAGGUGAGGAGAAGAUAGUUUAGAACCCCAUCUCUUCCAAAUGUCUGGAGAUUCAGUGCCUACCCCAAAAUUCAAAUAAGGUAUUUCUGAAAUUGGACCACCAUGGAAAUAGGAACUGGGAGUGGGGGGAUCAAACAUGGAGAUAAUGGGGUUAAGAAAUGGCCCCCUGCAAUGUAAUGGCUUUCAGAGGAAUUGCUGAGUUUGAACUGGGAAUUCUUAAGGUUCCACUGUAUACAGUUGGGACUUUGCUUAGUUUUCACUAAAUUCAGAAGGAAGGAUGACAUGGAGAAAAACAAAACCCAAAUCUGGGGGUCUACCCAGCUGGUCUACUCCCUAGGCGCUCAAUUAAUUUACUGUUUAUUUACUUAUUCCUUCAGGUGCACAGAAUUGAGCUAACCAUAUUCCUCAGUUCUUGGCACACUAUAUCAUCAUUGGUCCAUGCAAGGUCCUUUUAUUAUUUUGUUUUGUGCCUUUCAUCACCCAUGCCCGAUCCCAUCCUUCCCCACCCCACACAGACACCACUCUUCUGUACUUAAUGUAUGUCCUUCUAAACCACCGUUCAUGUGUUUAUUUACUUAAGUGUAUCUGUGGAAAAUAUAUGGUAUUGAUGUUUUGAUUUACAUAAACAGUAUUGUACUAUAAAGCUUGUUCUGUUUCUUUUUUCACUCAACAUUCUGUUUUUUGAGAGAUCCAGCCAUGUUGCUAUACAUAGAUCAAAUUCAUUCUAGUAGGUCCAUCUAAAACAUAUAUCACAUUUUAUUCAUUCUCCUGGUAAUGGACUCCUGGGUUCCUUUCCUCUGCUACCACAGCAAGGCUGCAAUGGGCAAUUAUCUCCUCUCCUUAGGGAUGCCUAAUUUAAAGGAAACGAGCUCAGAGAGGGGCAGUGAUUUGGCUAGAGUCACAAUGCUAGUCUCCUGCGAUGUGAACUCUAGAAUCAAAGCCAAAACUCCACCAUCAUGCCUCGACAAAGACCAGCUAUCUCUGGUCAUAAAUAAAAUAAAAUAAAAUAAAAUCUUAGGGUGUGAUUAAUAGCAACAUUCACUUAGGAAAAGCUGGGAGGAGAAAUACUGUGUACACAAAGAGAUUUUAAAGUUCUAGAAAAAUCUAGCAGAUUAGUUGAAUCUCCAUUAAUUUUUAUGACGCAGAGGAAGUUAUUUUUUGCGUCUGUGCUUGUUUCUGGAGCCAUUUUGCAGAGAUGGAAAAAGCCAUGUCAAAACCUGACCACCAAACCAAAGACCUCAGAUAUUUAAAUUACUAGCACGUCAAGGCAACCUACGUCUGAGGGGCUACAGCGCUCUCCCCAGGGACUUAUGCUGGUGGGGGAAGGGACAGAUUUUAAAAAGUGCGUAGUUGAUCUGGGGAGCGGGGCGGGGAGAACGAUAGCGAGGCUCUCUGAUUUCAUUCGAGCACAUCUCGCUCCCUGGUGCUUGCGCACUUCCAGCCACCCUCUCCGCGUCUAGUCUUUGGUCUUCCGAAUCGCUGGUACUUUUCCCAUUGGAUAAAACAUGGCAAGAACGAGGGUAAGGGGUUUCUUACCCUAGCUUUCCUCACAGCCAAUCGCCCUUCAGUUUUCCUCUCAUCACUGGGGCAGCCAGCCUGAUGAUUGGUAGGUGCGAAGGGAGCCAAUUAGAAAAUGAUGAUGUGUAGUGUUGGCAAGCGGAUUGCGUGAGAGAAGGCAGGGGUUGAGGGAACGCUAACGCCACC